GACCCGUUUUCAUUCCAAAACCAAAACUAAAAUAGCAAUGCCUAGAUCAAAAGAGAGACCUAGGCAGCAUAGGAAACGCACCCAUUUGGUGCUUUUCCCAUGCCCAUUUCAAGGCCACAUAACUCCCAUGCUUCAGCUGGCCACAAUCCUACACUCCAAAGGAUUCUCUAUUACCAUCGUCCACACUCAAUUCAACUCUCCCAAUCCAUCCAACUACCCAAACUUCAAUUUUGAGCCCAUAUCCGACGGCUUAUCGGUUGAUCAGGCACAGAAGGAAAAUGUCAUGGCUCUGGUCACGCUCCUUAAUGUCAAUUGCCAUGGCCCAUUUAGUGAUCUGAUGGCUCAGAUGCUCUCUGAAGAGGACCCACGUGAUCCAAUCGCAUGCAUUGUUUCCGACGCUGUCAUGCACUUCACGCAGUCUGUGGCUGACCACUUCAAGAUCCCAAGGAUCAUCCUACGGACGAGCAGCGCCUUGUCCUUUAUCACAUUUGAUGCCUUCCCACUGCUCCGGGAGAAGGGCUAUCUUCCUAUACAAGAUCCUCAAUCGGAGACGCCAGUGUCUGAGCUCCCUCCACUCAGGAUCAAAGACCUACCGAACAUCAGCACGGACAGCUCGGAAACAUUGUACCAAGUGGUGGCCCACACGAACAACGUAACAAGGAACUCUUCAGGGAUCAUCUUCAACUCCUUUGAACAUAUCGAAGAAGCUGCAUUGGUGAAAAUCCGGCAAGACUUCCCGAUGCCGUUAUUUCUGAUUGGCCCACUUCAUAAGUACUCAUCAGGAUCGUCCAGCAGUUUGCUGCCACAUGAUCAUAGUUGCAUGGUCUGGCUCGAUAAGCAAGCACCCGGCUCUGUCAUCUAUGUCAGCUUUGGGAGCUUAGCUUGUAUGGAGAAAAAAGAGCUAGUGGAGAUUGCGUGGGGAAUAGCUAAUAGCGGCCAGCCUUUCUUGUGGGUGGUUCGAUCUGGAUUGGUUCGUGGGUCAGCAAGCGCUGAAAUGCCAGAUGGGUUCGAAGAGGAGACACGUGGGAAGGGCUUGGUGGUGAAGUGGGCCCCGCAGAAAGAGGUGCUGGCCCACCCUAGUGUGGGAGGUUUCUGGACACACAAUGGCUGGAAUUCAACGGUGGAGAGUAUAUGUGAAGGGGUGCCUAUGCUAUGUUGGCCUUGUUUUGGUGAUCAAAAGGUGAAUGCUAGGCUUGUAAGCCAUGUAUUGAAGGUGGGUGUCCAACUAGAGAAUGGGUUGGAGAGAGAAAAGAUAGGGUGGGCCAUAAGAAGAUUAAUGGUGGAGAAGGAAGGAGAAGAGAUGAGGAACAAUGCAAGGAAACUAAAAGACAAGGCUGACCUUUGUUUAAAAAAAGGGGGUUCUUCCUAUGAGUCGAUAGAUAGGUUAGUAAAUUGUAUCCUCUCAUUGUAAUGCACGACUCGUCUGAGUCUAAAAACCUUGCUGUUUUUUUCGCUUGUUUAGCAUGACUUGUGUGAGAACCAUCCAUUGCGAAUUCAA